CAAGCUACCCGUCUCUUGUUGUUCAGACCGUUGGGCCGCGCGAGUCGGGAAUUUCCCCAGGCUCGCCGUCACAGCAUCGCAGAAAGCGCUCUCACGUGGCUGCGCUCACCCACGCCAUCUCCCGAGAGGCCUUGGACUGAGCCACCCAAGUUUUGCCCCGCGACUACAUCAGCCUGCAUAUGCUGUGGUGCGACCAAUUGCACGGCACCCCUACCUUUUAAUCGAGUGCCAACGCAUCACUCCCAAUAG